CAUUUUAUUUCUACAUGAGGUAAAAAAAAGAGAGAGAGAGAGAGAGAAGAAGAGUCAAGGAAUUGAGAAAGAAAGGAAGAGAUGUACGGAUUCUCGGGCCUGAGCACAAAGGAUUUAGGGAAGGAGGUUGAUCUCGAAGCCGGAAAUGGAGAGACGUUGUACCCUGGUUUGGGUCUGGGGGAGAAUCAGCUGCGAUGGGGCUUGAUUCGUAAGGUCUAUGGCAUUCUCGCUGUCCAAUUGGUGCUUACCACCAUCGUUUCUGCCGUCACCGUCCUCUACACCCCUAUCAAUGCUCUCCUUGGUGACAGUCCUGGCCUCCUUCUACUCCUUUGCAUCGCGCCCUUCAUAUUGUUAUGGCCAUUGCACGUUUAUCACCAGAAGCACCCUGUCAACUUGAUUGUCCUUGGACUCUUCACUGUGUCGCUAAGCCUUUUGGUUGGUGUAAGCUGUGCUAAUACAGAUGGGAAAAUUGUGCUCGAAGCACUAAUUCUAACCUCGGCUGUGGUUUGCUCACUAACUGGAUACACUUUCUGGGCUUCUAAGAAGGGGCAAGACUUCAGCUUUUUGGGACCAAUUUUAUUCACCAGUCUCAUCAUACUCAUCCUAACCAGUUUUAUGCAGAUGUUCUUCCCUCUUGGCUCAACAUCUACAGCUAUCUAUGGUGGAAUUAGUGCUCUGGUUUUCUGUGGGUAUAUUAUUUAUGACACUGACAACCUGAUCAAGCGUUUCUCAUAUGAUGAGUAUAUUUUGGCCUCUGCUGCUCUCUACCUGGACAUUCUCAAUCUGUUUCUAUCCAUUUUGCGGGUUCUGAGUCAAAGAAACAAUUAGUUUGUACAGGAUACUUUUAUCAGCCUGGUUGGCAUGCAAAUUACAUCUUCAUAAAAGCUAAUUUCAGUUAAGAUUGUGGAUAUUUGGUAUUGUGGUGAACGUACUCUUCUAUUAGUGACGAGUGUUGUUGAUUCAUGCAGAAUCCUAGUGACCUGCAUUUACCUCAAUCAACUCUGCUAUAGUAAAUUGAUUUGCUGUUAGAAUUGUUUUUAA